GUUUGAACCUACAGUGCUAAUGGCUUAGCCUCUUAGCGUAAUGUCCAAAUUGAUGGCUUUUGUUUACUGUAUCAAAACCAGUUCGUUCGUCUCAUCCAUUCAGUUACAGCUUACUCUUUCAAUAAUUUUACUGUUCUCACUUUCCAAUUCUAUAAACCGUCUGAUCAAACUUGGAACAGUUUUAGCUCUGCAUGUUGAUUCACACAACCAAACUUACCAAAGCCCCUUUUGGACCUCUCGUCUUUCCUUCUCAAUUCAUCUUUUCCUCUGUUUCUUUAAUAUCUACUUACAACCAGAAAAACCCGGAAACCGUAGAAGGCACAGUCUAUCUUGUAUCUUCUUUGGUUAACAAGCCUAACUGGGAGCGAAACAGCCACCUCAAAUCUCUGGUAUCUCAUAUGCCCCCAUUUGCAGUCCACAAGAUCAUAGAGCUACAUAAUAACAACACUGAAUUAGGCGUUCGGUUUUUCAAAUGGGUUUGCAAGCAAUCUACAUAUUGCUAUGAUAUAGACAGCAGAAUCCAUUUGUUAAACCUAAUUGUUUCCUCUAAUAUGUUUGGGAUUGCACAUAAGGUCAUAAUUGCUCUGAUUAAAGAGUGUAGUAAUAGUGAGAAUGAUAUGUUGAAGCUGAUGGGUUCACUUGAUGAAUUGAGAGAAGUAGGAUUUAGGCUGAACUACCCUUGUUAUAGCUUGCUAUUAAUGGGUUUGGCUAAGGUGAAUAUGGGUUUUGUAGCAUUCUUGGUCUACAAAAAACUGGUGGCUGAUGGAUUUGUUAUUGGUAGAAUUGAUUAUAGAACCAUAAUUAAUGCUUUAUGCAAAAAUGGGUAUGUACAGGCUGGUGAAAUGUUCUUAUGUAGGGUGUUGAGACUUGGAUUUGAUUUAGAUACUCAUAUUUGUACUUCUUUGGUUUUAGGUUAUUGCAGGGAACGUCUCCUGUCUGAUGCCUUCAGGGUGUUUGAAAUAAUGUCUAUAUUAGAUGGCUGCGAACCCAAUUCAGUGACCCUUCAGGGUGAAGAAUGUGUCUUACUUAAAGCUGUGUGCGAUAUUGGAUUGAUUGACAAGGCUAUUAGUUUGCUUGAUGAAAUGGUUAGAAAUGGAUGUAAGCCUAAUGUUUAUACUUACACUGCUUUGAUUGAUGGGUUGUGUAGAGAAGGAAAGAUUGAGGAGGCCAAUGGGAUUUUUAGAAGAAUGUUGCAAGAUGGGCUAUCUCCUGGCAUUAUAACUUACAACGCUUUAAUCAAUGGAUACUGUAAAGAAGGACGAAUUGUUUCGGCUUUUGAGAUAAUUGGUUUGAUGGAAAGAAGGAACUGCAAGCCUAAUAUACGCACUUACAAUGAGCUUAUGGAAGGUCUGUGCAGAGUUAAUAAAUCUUACAAAGCUAUGUUUCUUUUGAAAAGGAUAGUUGAUAAUGGCUUGUCGCCUAAUAGCGUAACAUACAAUAUUCUUGUUGAUGGCUUAUGCAGAGAAGGUCAACUCGAUGUGGCUUUCAAGAUUUUUAGGUCAAUGGAAGUUUUUGGUUUUCAGCCUGAUGCUCUUACUUUCACUGCAUUAAUCGAUGGUCUUUGCAAAAAUAGGAAACCAGAGUGGGCAAAUGCUCUGUUUGGUUUGAUGGCAAAGAGUGGAAUACCCCCUGAUGAAAUAGCUUUUACAGCUCUCAUGGAUGGGUAUUGCAAAAUUGGUAAAACUAGAGAUGCAUUACUUCUGUUUACAUGGAUGAUGGAUCACACAUAUUUGAACAGUUCUCAUGCAUUCAACUUAUUUGUUGAUGUUUUUUGCAAAGAGAAUAAGUUAAAAGAGGAGUAUACAAUGUUUGGGAAAAUUUUAAAAUAUGGUUUAGUUCCUUCUGUGGUAACAUAUACAAUAUUGGUUGAUGGGCAAUGCCGAGCUGGUGAAAUCAACAGUUCUUUAAACAUGUUAGAGUUGAUGAAGCGGGUUGGUUGUGCCCCAAAUGUCUAUACAUACACAAUUGUCAUUAAUGGCUUGUGCCAAAAUGGAAGAAUUCAGGAGGCUGAGUCACUUCUCUCCAGUAUGUUUGAUGUAGGAGUACCUCCAAAUGUCAUUACGUAUACUACAUUGGUAAAAGCACAUGCCAAUGCUGGUAGGUUGGAUUGUGCCCUUAACAUUGUGAAUACUAUGGUUAAAAAUGGGUGUCAGCCUAACAGGAGCAUAUAUUCUGCUCUGCUUUCUGGAUUUUCUUUGUCAAAUAAGAAUGCUGAAGCACAAAUUUUUACUCAUUCUGCUAAUUUAGAUGCUGAUUGCUCACUUUCAGAUGAGAAUGAUAAUGAUUGUCUUUCAAGUCAUAUGUUAAAGGACAUAGAUGUUGAGCUUGCUUCAGAACUUGCAGAUGAGAUUGAGAGAUGUGGUGUAUCUGCUGCAGAAUUUUACAAUGUUUUAGUUUUAAGAUUAUGCAGAGAAGGGAGAAUGGCCGAAGCAGAUCAUCUUAUCCGGGAUAAGGUGAAGUUUGGUCUUUUCCCUGAUAAGGCUGUUUCAUCUAUCAUCGAGUGGCAUUGCAGAGAAAAGAGAUAUGAUUAUUGCCUGGACUUUAUGAAGCUGAUUCUUGAUAAUGGUUUUGUUCCAUCUUUCACGUCUUUCUGUCUAGUGAUUCAGGGUCUAGACGGUGAAGGGAAGAUCCAACAGGCUCAAAACUUGGUCUCUGACUUGUUAAGAUGCAGUGGUGUUCAGGAGGAAAAUGCAAUCUUACCAUAUAUAGAUUUUCUGGUGAAGGGGUAUCAAUCCCAUGAGCUUGUGGAACUAAUUGAUCAAUUGCAUUAUAGGGAGAGGCCAGUUAUCUAGUUAACAUAAUCGAUUUCUGGUCCACUUACAGAAUUAUUGUUCUGAAAUUAAUGCUUUGCUCUAUGGAGCAAAAGCUGCUACUAAUUUCACAUUCUUGACUAUGAAGGAUAAUGUCACAGAGAAUCCAAACUCAGUUUUGGUUCAUUGCAGGUAAGAAGCCAGAAGAUAGGUUACUGACCGCUGCAUUUAAACCUUUUUUGCGACUUUUUUCAUUUUCAUGAUGGAUCAGCACCAGAAUGGUGGGUUAGUGUUGAUGAAAUGUGGCUGUCAAGUGGCUUUCUUUGUUGUUAAUAUAAAUUAAAAAUUUUUUUGUGGCUUGUUAAUGCAAUGUUGAAGCAACCAACUCCAUUGAGUAA